CAAUGGAAUGGUAAUAAAAUGGUAACAUUGAGCCAUGGCUUACUACAGCAGGGCCAAAGUGCUAAUCAUCGCCGCGCACAUCCUGCUGUUUAUAGGCAGCUUGAUAGGUGUGGAAAUAUUCCUCUUAUUUCGAAAGCUUAAUGAACAACAUGGAAAAUGGAAGAAACGAAGAGAGAAUAUCCAAGAUGAUAUCGUACUGAGGGUGUCUAGCGGCCGCCUAUCACGGAAAAGUAUGGGCACAGUCACUUUUGGACUCAGUUGUACGGCUGGAUUAGGAUUCGUACUAAUACUAUGUACACGUGGAUAUCUCGAGAAAGAAUCAGAUAUAUACUUCUAUGACAAACUCUGGGAGUGCGAUGUUAUACUAUGCAACCUUAUACUCUUUAAUGUAGCACCAGCUGGACUUUGCCACAAAUAUAUCAAUAUCACAUCAAACGUGCAAAUUGUAGAGCGCAUAUUUCGUGUAAUUGCAUUCGUGGUAAUAUGGAAUGGGAUAGGAUGGUUAAUAGGACGUAACAUCAUCACUGAAAUGUUCUUCAAAAGCACCAGGGAAACAGUGACGUUCUUCAUCAGACAGGCACUUAAAAUGUGUGGAUUGGGCCUAUCGUUCAUAGCCAUGAUCACAGGAUUCACGAGUAUAUAUGUACCAUACAGAGUGUAUAUGACACGCAAAGAUGUACUCACAACCACACAAUUGGAUAAUCGCAUUGCAGACGCCACAAUGGCAAUACAACAGUUGAAACGUGAAAAGGGACAACGUUUUAACUCAUAUUCUAGCUCCGAUGAUAGCGAAAAUGAUAAUAUGGAACUACAGGAAAUUAACAUGUCUAAUGGAUUCUUUAGGACUAAUGAAUAUAUGGAUCGAUUGGAACAUGGAAAUCAAAUAGGAACACAAGCAUCUCUACAAACCAAGUGGAAUGAUGAACAAUGCAACUCUGGGAGAAGCAUUGUCAAUAAAAUCUCAUUUUGUGAUGACACUCCACCCGUAAUGCGUAUGUACUCAGCAUUUGUUAAACGAAUAUCUGGUAUGUGGGAACGAGGAGAUAUGCUACUUCGACAGCCGAGGUUAUUGGGGGAUUCUACGAUCAUACAAACAAAUACCGUAGAUGAUAUAGAACAGCUACAGACAUAUAUUAGACAGGAACGUGCCUACCUUAUCGAUAUAAAAAAGGAACGUGAACUCUGGGACACCAGACUUGGUAAACUACAGAUAUUUUUACGAUAUUUCGAAGUUGUAUGGGCAAUACGCACAUUGAUUGUGGUAUCAUACCGCGUGCUCAGAGUUAAAAUGGUGCCUUACUCACAGAUUUCUCAACAAGAAGGUAAAACAAAGGCGUUGUUAGAUGUCUACCACCUGUUCAUCAAAGAAAACAUGGUGCAGCACUUCAUUAAUAACCUGUUCAACUUCAAAGAAACGCCAUCAUAUCUAGACCUCACAGCAUCCAGAAUCAGUACACUGCUCUUACUGGUCAUUACAGUUGGCAACAUAGACCACUUCUUCGAGUUCUGCCGUAUACUACUUAAUACGCAGUACUUCCAUAAGCGUAAACUGCUUACAGAUAACUCAUUGGGUUUGGCGCUUAGCGCAUUACUAAUCAUCACGAUACCCUCGCAGUUUUGUCUCAUGGUGCCAUUCUUACCACCAUCAUGGAGGACAAGUGCUCUAGAUAUGCUAUUUGCAAAAGAUGCCAUCGUAUGGAUUGUGUUGCAAUACUGGUUUGACACGUGUAUCGUGCUCUCUAUCAUUUUUACAGCUAUAGGUGUCGCAGUGCUACACCACAGAAGACCAAAGUACUAUACAUUACGCGACAACAUCGUUUGUAACGUCUGAAUGGUGGCUGCGGACCUCAUCAGCCAACUCGGUGAGACCCAGACGCUCAAUCUU